AUUACGAAUACACUAUAUUUCACCAUACUAUGUAUGGCUGAAAUAUAAAUAUAGUCUGGCCACUAGUAUACAGUCAUCUUCAGCAUCUUGUGGGUAAUCAGGUACAAUACGUUGACCCCAAAAGAGCACUUCCGGGUCACCCACAAUGCAUUUCUGCCCGAAUGCCCGAUUUUCCUUUUGGAGAAGAGCGCCAGUUACGAGUUCUCUAGACUCUCGACUAAGUAAGCCUUCAUUCAAACGUUGCACCAGUGCUAAUUCAUUGAAUUGAACGGAUACUUGUCAGAAGUUGAUCCAGAUACAGAUGACAUGGCGACAUCAGACAACAUGCAGGGUUUGGAUGACGUCAGGAGAGGAGCAGCAGGGGGUUCUGCCUGGCAGGGAGAAAGACGAGAGGAUUCUGGUGAGGAGUCCAGGAGGGAGAAAGGUGUGAAAGUGUACAGGUGUGAGGAGUGCAGCAGGCAGUUCAGCCGGCUGCACAAUCUGAAGACUCACAUGCGGACUCACACUGGAGAGAAACCCUACAGGUGUGAGGAGUGUAGCAGGCAGUUCAGCCGGCUGCACAAUCUGAAGACUCAUAUGCAGACUCACACUGGUGAGACCAUCAUGAAGUGCUUCAGGUGUGAGGAAUGCCACAAGCAGUUCAAAUUGAUGAGUAAUCUGAAGAGACACAUGCGGACUCACACCGGGGAAAAACCAUACAGGUGUGAGGAGUGUAGCAGGCAGUUCACUGGACUAGGAAAUUUGAACUUGCACAUGCGCACUCAUACUGGGCAGAAACCCUACCGGUGUGAGGAGUGUAGCAAGCAGUUCAGUCAGCUGGGUCAUCUGAAGGCCCACAUACGGACUCACACCGGGGAGAAACCAUACAGGUGUGAGGAGUGUAGCAGGCAGUUCAGUGAGUGUGAGGAGUGCAGCAGGAAGUUCAGUGAUAGUGAGCUGUCUAGUCUGAAGAAACACAUGCGGACUCACACUGGGGAGAAGCCCUACAGAUGUGAGGGGUGUAGCAGGCAGUUCAGUGAGCUGUCUAGUCUGAAGAAACACAUACGGACUCACACUGGGGAGAAACCCUACAGAUGUGAGGGGUGUAGCAGGCAGUUCAGUCGGCUGGAUCAUCUGAAGAGACACAUGCAGACUCACACAGGGGAGAAACCCUACAGGUGUGAGCAGUGUAGCAGGCAGUUUAGUGAGCAGGCUACUCUGAAGACACACAUGCGGACUCACACUCAGUAGAAACCCUACAGGUAUAAGGAGUGUAGCAAACAGAUUAGCACAUCAUGCAACCUGAAGAAACACAUUUGGAGCCACAAAGGAGACACUGUAUAGAUGUGACGGCCAUGGUGGGCAUUAUACAGUACUGUAGUGCGACUUGGUUUCAAGGUUAGGGCAGAAUGCUGUACAAUAAACCUGCCCUGAUGACUUGACUUGUUGAGCUUCUAUAGGAGGCAUGUUUCUAGAUCCUAGUGUUUUUUGUUUGCAACUGCUUUUGUUUUGUAGUACUGUUAGAAGUACUGUGGACCGUAGGUCUUGUAUGUAGGGAUUGCUGUAGAAAAAUCAAAGUGAAAUGUUGGUUUACGUAUACUGAAGCUUUGUUUUCUGUUAAAUUGUUAUUUUAUAUAUAUAUAUUGUAGCUAACCAGUUCUGAGUCAAUACGUUUUUCAAGUUUAGUGUUAAGAAUUUUUUGUAGUAUUUUUGAUUAGAUACAAGGAAGGAUUGUUUGUUUGUUUGAACCUUCAUUAAAGAAACUACAUGUAUACUCACACUUGUUUGUUUGACCUUUAUUCUUGAGGAGCUCAAAUCAGCCUAAAGGCUGCUUUUCAAUGAAGUAAGGGGUCAGAUUAUAUGUAACAGAGAUUGAGUUCAUUCCAUUACUUAGUCACCAGAUGUAACAGAGAUUGAGUGCAUUCUAUUACUUAGUCACCAUGCGGAUGUUUGUUGCCAGUGUAUAUACUAUCACAUUUUCUCAAUUAAUAUAUGCAAAAUCUAAAGGUAAUGGAAGUUGUUACCAUAUUUGAGUGUAUACUCUAUUUCAGGUUAUUGCCUAAAUGAAC